AUUUAAUAAUAAAUAUUUAUGGAGGUCUCAUUAAAUUUUACAGAAGAGCCUAACCCAGUGGUUUUGGGAUGUCCUUAAGGGUUUCCAAACUAUUCUAAUAUUUAAAUAUUAACAAAGAAUGGAGAAGAUGUAAAUGAGCCUUAAACUAGAAAAGUAAUUAAAUUAUCUAAUGAUUAAAUGAUUUGGAUAGGAAGAUAAAAUCAUACAUAAUCUAACAUAUUUGUUGGUAAUAUUUCACAUUAAUAACAGGUGUGCAUUAAGGAAAUACAAUCUCAUUGCAUCCUGUAUUAAUCCAAGCUACUCUUUCAUAAUAAAUAAACAAAUAAAACAAACAAUAAUAUUCUAGAAAUUCAGCACUUGAAGAUGGAUUAACUUAUUUUGAACAAAGAAAAAUGGUGGCUGAAGAAAUGGGAACAAAUAAAAGUAGAAGAAAAAUGAGAUAAAUGGAAACAAACAAAGUUGAAGAAGAGAAUAUUGUUUAGGCAGAAUCAAUUAAAGAAAAAUUUAAUUAAAAACAACAAGAAAUUCAAGAAUAGUUAGAAAUAGAAAAAGAAAUUCACUAAAUGGAAGAAGCUGCAAUUAAAGAAGAGUUAAUACCAGAAUUUGUUAAAGGCAAUGUUCCUAUUUUCUAAAUUUACAACAUAAGGUCAAUUGUGUCUGAAGAAGAUAUGGAAUUAUUAGAUAUUUCAAAAUUAUAAGUAUUCAUAAGUACUAAAAGGGAAGAUAAUUUACAUUAUUAUCAUCCUUAAGUAAUACAAAUAGCUUCUGGAUUAAUUUUUGAUAACAAAACCAAAUUAACAAUUUUAAAAUAUUUGGAAUAUUUAAAUAUUUUAUUUAAGUUUCAAUUUAAAUAAGUUUUUUAAAAUAAGAAUGCUUAAAAUAUAGCUCAAGAAUUAGGAAUUUAUAAUUGUAAAUUGGUAACUCCAAUUUUGGAGAAAUUUUAUUAAGCAACUCCUGGACAAGGAGAAAAUGUAUAUAAUUUUAGCAGAUCAAAUUUUUUGAAGGAUAAAUAUAUAUGUUACAUAAUCGUUUUGCAUUUAUUCAUUCAUAAAUUUUAAUUUGAUAUUGUUCCAUUAGCAAAAUACUUAAAAUUGGAUAUAAAAAAAUUAACAAUGUAUUGUAAGGAAUGUGGGUGUACAGUUUCAAAGAAUAAUGAAAAAUAAAUAGCAAAGUUAAAACAAUUUAAAUAAUGA